UAUAGUGUGUGUGUGUGUAUAUAUGUGUAUGUAUGUAUGUUAUCUUUUUCUAAAAGCAUUAUAAAAUUUGUUCUAGGGAGAAACUUGAAGAGUUCUCCUAGAGGCUUAGAACCAAAGAGUCCCUUUAGGGUGCUAGAUUUAACCACUUAUUCUACAAGUAUACAUACAUCUUUGUUGUCAUGAAGUUCCAUAUCUACUCAUAAAUGCAAUCACAAGAUUUUCCAAAUAAUCUUUUUUUGUGGCAAUUUUAUUUAGAAAGCUCUAAAAUUAAGGCUUAUUUGGAAAUCUGAGCAAUUACCUUUUUUUAUUAUUAUUUUUUAACAAGAUAGAAGUAAUAGUAAGUAACUAUUGGCACCCUUAAUAUAUAUUUAGAAUAAAAGUUUAAGUCUGGCUCUUUAGUUUGUGGAUCUUGGAGAAUUCUUAAAGGUACUACGUAGAACCUGACAACAGACGGAAUUCCAAGUCGAGCCCUUUAAGGCAUUUAAGAAAACUCAGGGAACCUGUUAAUCCUCUGGAAAGUGUGUGUGUGUGUGUACAGUGCUAUAUUGUUUUAAAAUGAAACAUGCUGAUUUUAUUUUAGCACAAUAUUUUAUUAAACAUUUAUACUGAGAGACCUUUUUAGAACGCUCGAAUUGUUCUUUCUGCAAAAAAAAAAAGAAGUUUUUUUUUAUUUGAAAGGUUAAAUCUAACACCCUACAUGGGUUCGUCGGUUUCUUUAAGGUUUUAUUUGUACAUUACAGCUCAGUGAAAUUCUUUUCUUCGCAUAUCCCAGUUUGAACCUGGGGUCAGAGCGCAGGAUCAGCCAUGAGAUGGCGCCCCUGGAGCAGAUAGGGUUAAGGGCCUUGCUCAAGGGCCCAACAAGGGUGCUGUAUCAUGGCGCCUAUAGUAUAAUGCUGCCUGUCAUAGUACCCUACAAGAGACAGUUAUCCUUUUAGAGAGGGUUCCAUGUUGUCUUGAGGAACAUGAGUGAUUGUUUAAUUUGUCCCCUUGUGUACUCUGUAUGUUUUUAUUUUACAUAUUAAUUUGGAGUUGCGUCCCAGCCGUUAUUCACCCACCUUGUGCAGUGUUCCCAGGAUAAGUUUCAGAUCCACCGUCACCCUGACCAGGUUACUGAAGAUCAGUGAAUGGAUCAAGGGAUUUGGACCUCAGUCAUUUCACCACUAUGCAUUUCUUUUGAAAAAUAGUUGAGUAGUUGUGUGAUUUAUUUAUUUAUUUGUUUGUUUGUUAGAGGACGGAUUUAAUCAGUUUUCUGAAGGAUGCCAUUAAUUCUGGAGCUGAUUGCAUCAUGUAGGCAGUGUGUUGCUGUUUGGGGCAGAGGUUGCAGAUGGUAUCUAUAUCAGUAAUGUGCCUAAUCUAAUUGGGAGAGGGCCUGACUCUGCUGUUGUUGAUGCUCGUGAACUUUAAAGAGCUCGGGACCCUUUUUCUUCCACGCGCACAGGCUCCAAACUGAGAUACAGGGACUACAGCUUCAACAUUUUCCUAAGAAUUUUUUUAAAGUUAGCAUGUUUAUUCAUUAUUUAUUGCAGGUCUGUAUAAAAUGCAUGGUGACCAGUGUCUCGUGCUGGAUGUCAGGGUCAGUAUACAUGUCAGUGUGUGUGUUACGCACAUUGCUCAGUUCAUCACUGUAAGUCGCGUCUGUCAUUGGCCAGAAGUGUCUCGAGCCCUUGUUGUGACGCUUGCCUAUAUAACGGGGCUCGUGCCAGUGGGACGGCGUGUCCGCGCGCGCCCCACCCAGAGCUGUAUGGACGCUUCAUUUCCGCGUCUCCAGAGAGCGCGCGCAGAACAUCAGGAUUAUAACAGGAGCAUCCUUCUCCUCCGAAUUUAGCCACAGAAAGAUCUGGCAGGUUUUCCCUGGCUGCUUUGAGAGUUCCCCGAAAAGCCAGCGAUCAUGGCAAACAGAGGCCCCAGUUACGGCCUGAGCCGGGAGGUGCAGGAGAAAAUCGAACAGAAGUACGAUCACGAUCUGGAGGCUCGGCUGGUGGACUGGAUCGUCGCGCAGUGUGGAGGAAAUCUGGAAAGACCCCAAACAGGAAAGCAGAACUUCCAAAAGUGGCUCAUGGACGGCACCAUCCUCUGCAGGCUCAUUAACAGUCUGUACCCGCGUGGCAAAGAGCCCAUUAAAAAGAUCCAGGAAACACAGAUGGCUUUUAAGCAGAUGGAGAAGAUCUCGCAGUUCCUCCAGGCAGCCGAGGCGUACGGAGUCAUCACCACCGACAUCUUUCAGACUGUAGAUUUAUGGGAAGGAAAGGACAUGGCCGCCGUCCAGAGAACUCUAAUGGCACUGGGCAGUGUGGCACUCACCAAGGAUGAUGGGCAUUACCGUGGCAACCGGGACUGGUUCCACAGGAAGUCGCAGGGUAACCGGAGGGAAUUUUCCGAAGAGCAGCUGCGCCAGGGACAGAACCUGGUCAGCCUGCAGAUGGGCAGCAACCGCGGCGCAUCCCAGGCUGGCAUGACUGGGUACGGCAUGCACCGCCAGAUCAUGUAACCCAGCCUGGAGAUGACCUACCACCUGCAUCAGACACCCAGAAGACCUUAAUCUGUGCAGACGAGCAACAUCUGGUUCAGUCGUCAUUUUCAUUAACGCUUUCGGUUGUCAAAUGAUGAGGUAGAGCACUUUUAAUAUCAGCGUCCUUUUAAAAUGUCUAGAAGUUCCAUGUAUGAUAUUAAUUCAUAACUUAUUAUAUCUGAUUAGCAUGACUACCAUGGGAUUUUAUUUUUAUGUACUAUAAUAUACAUGGUUAGCAGUAUUCAACAUAAAUACCUAGAUCUGUGUGACAUCAUUACUGUAAAUCACUGCUGUUUAUCUCUGUAAACACUUAAACUAUGUCUAAAAACACAUACUACCGUACUAAUAAUAUGUCCGUAGAGCAUUAUAUACUGGCAUACAUACACUGACCUCCAUGUUAAAAGUUGCACAAUGAUUAAAAAAUCCACACACACAACUUCCUGUCAGAUUUGUACUGUACCACGUGUGAAUGCAUAUCUGUAUUUAUUUCCUUAGUUAAGUGCCAAAACUCCCCAUAUGCAUAUUUUGCAGAUUUUUUUUCUUUUUGUCUUUCCAUUUGGAAUUGUAUUAGAAGUUUAUAUCCAAGUUUCAUAUUAUGCGUUAUUGUUUUGCUUGUGAAGAUGUUUAAUAAAUUGAUAUUAUAUUCA